UCUAAAUUCUUACUAACCUCUCCUUACCCUAUAUACCCCUCCUUCACCUCCAAGCAUCAAAACCCUCCGUUUUUGCUUAACAUCAGUACAUCACAAACAAAAGAAACCUGAAAAACUUGUACCCAUAAACUCGAAUCCCAGAAGCAAGAAACCCCUAUUCACUUGUUUAGCAGCAGAUGAGUCUACAACUCCAAAAUCUACUGCAUUAUCACCCAGACCUGUCUUUCUCCAACAACAAUCAUCAGAUAAUGCAAGCAUCUCGGGUUUCUAUUAAACCACUGAACUUUGCCUUAUCACUUUAUGGGACACAAAGAACUAUUAGAAGGAGAUCUUUGACGACAGUAGUGUCUAUGUCAACCAAAAGUGUUGACAUCCCAAUCAUGGUAAAUGGUUGUGGUGGAAAAAUGGGGAAGGCCGUUAUUAAGGCAGCAGACACUGCAGGACUUCAAAUUCUUUCUGUGUCAUUUGGCUCAGCAGAAGAGUCGGGGCAGACCGUGCAAGUAUGUGGAAAAGAUAUUAAGAUACAUGGUCCUUCUGAAAGAGAAGAUGUUCUUGCAUCCCUGUAUGAUGAAUACCCAAACCUCAUUGUGGUGGAUUACACUGUUCCUUCAGCAGUAAAUGACAAUGCCAAUUUGUAUUGCAAAGUUGGAGUUCCAUUUGUUAUGGGAACCACUGGUGGGGACAGGGACUUGUUAUAUAAGACUGUAGAGGACUCAAAAGUUUAUGCUGUCAUCUCUCCACAGAUGGGGAAGCAGGUGGUUGCAUUUCUUGCAGCCAUGGAGAUUAUGGCUGAGCAAUUUCCUGGAGCUUUUUCUGGGUAUUCCCUUCAGGUGUUGGAGUCCCAUCAAGCUGGCAAGUUGGACACAUCUGGAACUGCCAAGGCUGUCAUUUCGUGCUUCCAGAAAUUGGGGGUAUCUUUUGACAUGAAUCAGAUACAAAUGAUCCGGGAUCCUAAGCUACAAAUUGAGAUGGUGGGAGUUCCGGAGGAUCAUUUGUCUGGUCAUGCAUUCCAUAUGUAUCAUCUGACGUCACCUGAUCAAACAGUUUCUUUCGAGUUUCAACAUAAUGUCUGUGGUAGAUCUAUAUAUGCUGAGGGCACUGUUGAUGCAAUAAUUUUCCUUGCUAAGAAGAUUCAAUCUAAAGCAGACAAACGAAUCUACAAUAUGAUCGAUGUCCUGCGGGAGGGCAACAUGAGAUAAAUCAAUCUGAUGGUUCCAAGUUUUGGCUUCAUUUCAAUUUUUAUUGUGCUUUCAUUGCCAUGCAACAAACGGAAUCAGUCCAUCUAAAAAUUUGACAGAAGACUAAUGGAUGACCGGUUCAAAUGGUGGUUAAUGCCGGUUUUUUGAGAAAGGGGUGUGCAUAUGCCUUUAAAAGCAGAAUUCACCCCUUCAAGUUUUGUUGUAAUUGAGUAAAUUUUUUAUAUUUUAGUACUUGUAGUGCAGAACAAGUUGGGUCUUUUAGGCAGGUGGUGUCAUCAGAACUUAGAAGAGAACAAGUUGGCUUGAAAAAGAGAACUUUUGCUUGAAAUAUAAUGAGCUGGCAUGUAUAAUUAUUUAUUUUUCAGGCAAUAUCUUGUUGGUUA